UCUUGUCGUUUGCAGUUUGUAUCACUGAAACAAAACAAAAGCGAGGGAAAAAGACCGGCUGGCGGCUCUCUUCAUCGCCGGUAACCUCUUCGACGGCUUCCGCUCUCCGCUGUCGUCGUGUCUAAUUACGGUGAUUUUCCAACUCGGAAGUGAAAGGCCAUCAGCUUUAACCUUUUCACGCUUAUAGUAAUCACUUAACUAUAUCUCUUCCUCUCUCCACCGCCGCUGCCUCCGCCGCUUCUUGUUAUUUUUUCAUAAGCAGAAAUGGAAUUCGUGAGCCCUGAAGGACUGCGUCUAGAUGGAAGACGUCCCAUGGAAAUGAGGCAACUACGAGCACAGAUUGGUGCUGUUUCCAAAGCAGAUGGUUCUGCUGUUUUUGAGAUGGGUAACACCAAAGUGAUUGCUGCUGUUUAUGGACCAAGAGAGGUCCAAAAUAGAAGUCAACAGAUGAACGACCAGGCAUUGGUGCGCUGUGAGUACACCAUGGCUAAUUUCAGCACCGGAGAUCGCAUGAGAAAACCAAAGGGUGAUAGACGAUCAACUGAAAUUUCCUUAGUUAUUCGUCAGACUAUGGAAGAAUGCAUACUUACGCACUUGAUGCCUCGCUCUCAGAUAGAUAUCUAUGUACAAGUUCUCCAAGCAGAUGGAGGAACUAGAUCUGCAUGCAUCAAUGCUGCAACCUUGGCCCUAGCAGAUGCUGGAAUCCCUAUGCGUGAUCUUGUCACUUCUUGUAGCGCUGGAUAUCUUAAUAGCACUCCUCUACUUGAUCUGAACUAUGUUGAAGACAGUGCUGGAGGGCCAGAUGUAACUGUUGGAAUCUUAACUAAGUUGGACAAAGUAACUCUUCUUCAGAUGGAUGCUAAGUUGCCAAUUGAUAUUUUUGAAAAUGUUAUGCAACUUGCUGCUGAGGGCUGCAAGGCAAUAGCAAAUUAUAUACGAGAAGUGUUGCAGGAGAAUACUAAACAAUUGGAAUAUCGAAGAGGCUUGUAGUUUGUAUUUAGUAAGAACUCAAAAACUCAUUGCCUGAAAAUGCCUGCGGGGUAAAUGAUUUUCCGAGUUACGCUUAGCCUUACUGCCAUUACUAUGGUUUAAGAAAUUAAGUCUGAUCAAUUUUGAACUUUGUUGACAGUUUAGCAUUUUAUGUAGCCAUUUUUUUAGUUAAUGGUAUAAAUGACGAACAUUUUUGACAA